AUCUCUUCUUUCCCCAAAAAGCCACUCAUCAUCAUUGGAUUAGCUCUCAAUCAUACCCUAUCUGACCUCCCUGCCCUUGUUUUCUUGAAGCCCGGUUCUUUCAUACUUUCCAGACCUAAAUUUCCCUGUCAUCUCCCCUUCUUGUUCCAAGACUCGCUUAUCUCCUCAGUCACUAUGGUUCACGCCGACUCAACCACUAAUAUCCGAACCCGUGUUCGCUCGGCCUUUGGUCGUCUCCGUCCCAGCAAGUCUUCCUUGGGGCUGGCGUCUAUGAACAAGUCCGACGCUGUCCCGCCGGUACCACUCCCCGUAUUGCAGCUUCCCAAUGAGCUGUCCUCGGAUUUCCCUGAAGCCAAAGUUUCCGAUGACUUUUGGGACGUGAAGUCAACUGCCCCCGUCCUUCUCAAGCGGUCUGACAAGAAGCUAUCAAAAAGGCCGACUCCUCGCCAAAAACUGUCUACCGAUCACAGUAAACUACCAGUUCUGGAUCAGAUGCUUAUACAGCAAGGCCUAUUGGAUUCACCCAUCAGUAUCCACUUGACUUCCUUAUUGGCGGAAUCGUGCCAAUCGCUUCUGUCAACCACCACCACUACUACUACUACCAGGACGACCAGACGGCGGUCAUCCUCAGAUUCUGUCUACUUAUCGAGCUUACUCUGCCUGUCCUCAGCUGGACCAUUCACGCCAGAACUAGUCGUCAAUCACGUUGGGAAAACGACGCCGGAGUUUUCGGCUGCCUACUUGGACACUGCGGAGCCGGAAUUCUGUCUGCCAGUGAUCAACUCGACCGAGUCAACUGAGUUGCCCAAAACCAUCAAUUCGGGAAAAAUCCCUCUGGCCAGCUCGCCCAAUCUAUCCCUUCGUGCCGUCAAGUUGAGCGCAUCGCCUUCCCAUCGCACCUCGGACCUAGGCUGUCACGCUGAGACCAAGGAUGUCUCAGAGUUCAAACUCCAACCGGCUAUGUCUGCUGAAAUCGCAGUGUGGAAUGACGAGUCCGAUAAGCGCUCGACUCUCCGUCCACAGAAACCUACCCCGAGACAACCUUUGGCCAAACUCGAUAAAAACCUUCCGCUUCCAAUGCCCAGUUAUGGACGAAAAGCCGCUCCGGCAAAAGCCCAAACCCCUUGAUCCUUGCCUGCCAGUGCCACUUUCUGCAGCCCCGGUUUCACAGGUGUUUUUUUCUCUUGUACUACCUUCUUGAAUAAUCAAAGAGUUAUCUCUAUUGCCCCACAGGAUCUCAAGAAUUCCUCGUGUCAUCACAUUUCUCCUAUUGUUUUCAUCUGACCCAGCUUGUUGUGUGUGUUUGCCCUAAUCCAGUGUUCCCUCUC